UUGACGCACAUUUUUCGAGUGCCUCAAAAAUAUUGAUCAUUUUUUGGUUUCGCUUCGAUUUUUUAAAGUGAAUUUUUUCUUGAAGUGAUUUCGUGAUUUGUUCAAGUGAUUUUUUCGCAGAUCUUUAAUUGAAAUCAAAUAAACCAAAAUUUGAUUUAAGUCGAAAUUUGUGUGCUUUGAAAUAUAUAUUUUUGAAAUAAACAUUUUUUUAAAAAUAAAAACAAAAUGUCGAUUCACGAGCAUGAUGAGGAUAUUGAUGUGGUUUCAAGUCCAGAACCAUCACCAACGCAUUCGAUUGAUACGCGAGAACGUUUAACAUCAACACCGAUUCAAAAUCGAUCGCCUGCUCUUGAUCGAAGUGUAAAUGAACGAGCAAGCGUUAGCCCAGCCAAAACGGAAUCCACCACCGCAUCCGAUCAAGGAAAAACGAAUACGGGUUUUACAAGCUUCUCAAUCAACAGCAUUUUAAAUCGGUCCGAAAACAAAAAAGAUGACACGAUCAGCACACCAAACGCCAAUUUAACCGAUUCUACCUCACUGCAAGAUGCCGCUAUGAUUUCACGUUUGGGUUUCAUAUCACAAUGGGGAGCGUUAGCCGCUUUGUAUCCAUCACAAUGGUCGUCUUGGUCAAAUCAACAGCACCAACACCAACAACAAUAUCCACGAAUGCCAUUCCACAGUCCAAACGAGCUUAGAACGCCUGAUAAGCAUUCAUCGUCCAUAAAUAGUUCACCGCGAACAACCACCACUACCUCAUCAACAAAUCAACAAUUAAAUUCGUCGCACGAAUCAGACGACGAAGUCAACGAAUCAAUUGACGAUGACGACGAUGAUGAAACAAUGGAACGAUCCACCGAUGGCAACAAUCAAAUGAUGCAUUGCAAACGAAAUAAAAAGACAAGAACCGUUUUCUCACGUGCACAAGUUUUUCAACUCGAAUCAACGUUUGAUAUGAAAAAAUAUUUAAGUUCAUCAGAGCGUGCAGGAUUGGCAGCUUCAUUGCGACUAACCGAAACACAAGUGAAAAUUUGGUUCCAAAAUCGACGAAACAAAUGGAAAAAGAUCAUUGCAGCCGAUUUGGAAGCAGCAAAUAUGGCGAAUAUGGCACAUGCAGCACAACGUUUCGUUCGUGUACCUGUUUUAUAUCACGAAGGAAAUCCAAAUUCCGGUUUCAUGCCAUCCAUUCCACAAUCACAACCGCAUCCAAUGCCAUUCUAUUAUCCACGUUCAACAACAAGUCCACAACGGUCAUCGCUUCCCUCAUUGGUUUAAAAUGAGCUUGAAAAAACAACAUUCCAAAUUCCAUAUAGUACAAGAUGAACAGAAGAGCAAUGAUUUUAUUAAGUGUAAAAAAAGAACCCAUGUCAACAAAUAAAAUACAUAAAAUGUAAAUAAUUUAGAAGAUAGAUCGAACAAAAUGGAUUGAGUUCAAGUGAAAUUCAGCACCAAAAAGUAUAAUGAAAAACGAAAGAAUCAAAAUUGUGUAGUAAUUUUUUGUUUGUUUAAGUA